AACAUUAACCUUAUUUUUUUAACAUUCCACGUAUAACAACAAGAAAUGUUGAGUUGGAAUACCCUACUUAUCUUUUUCGCGCGGAAAUUACAAUUCGCCCAGUCGUCACUAGAAAUACCCGAACAGAUUUUCGCUUCCACUGAAGCGUGGUCCGCUGAUUCACAGUAGUAUAUUAUUAACACGUUUGAAAACCAGUUUCUGCAGAAGAGACAGUCAACGCGCACAUCAAAAUAACAUUAUCAACACUGUUUGAAUGUUAUUCAGCGGCGGUUUCGGUAUCAGUAACACACAAACUUCGUUUCAGUGAACAUUAUUGCCGUUCACAAAUUGUAUUUUUCAAAAUGAACGUUUCAUAUGCUCCUCUGAAUCCUCAAAUCGCUAACGUAGGAAAAUUAAACGGCACUGACAAAGCGAAUGAUUAUUCAUCAAUGGUUUUACUAAGUGAAAGUGCGCCGAUAGCGGAGUCCGAACUGGACGAUGACUUGGACGACAGGCAGGUUUCAUCUCAACCUUUCCCAGGAGUUGACGACGGUUUCUUUGAUAAUAAAGAUGAAAACCCCAAGACAGACGUGGAAACGAUAGAUCCAACGCAUCCGGACACCCCGGGAGUUAACGGGACGAACGAUCCCAAGGAAACGGACGAUGAUUGGCCUAGUUUUAUUCCUUCCUUAACGCCAAGAAUGGGCCCCGAUGACGGAGACGAUCCAGAUACAAGCAAGGACCACCCCGAUGGAUAUAUACCUCACCCCCCUAGCGAUAGACCCCACUUUUUAACUCCUGGAGUUGGUUUCGAUCCCGAAAUUGGAAGUACCUUUGGUGGUGCUGAUAUACCGGACGUUAAUAUUUAUCAACACAAGAAAACUUUAGCACAGGGUAUGAUGGAUUUAGCGUUAUUCUCUGCCAAUGCCAACCAGCUGAGAUAUGUUUUGGAGAGUUUUUCCAGACAUCCUUACUACUACCCCAGCGUCAUCUUGAUUUCAUUGAGUUUGAUAUUGCAAAUUGGAAUUGGAGUGGGACUGAUAUGGAACGCCACAUACAACGUGAAAGACGAGAAGGAAAUCUGUAUCGCCAAUAAAAUAAACAAUUUCACGAUCAUUGGGAUUUUUUUAGUUACUGUGAUAAAUGUAUUUAUUUCGGCCUUUGGAGUUGCUAAUCCUGCAUAACCCAAAUUUGGAAGUGUUUUAUAGCUCAAACGAAAAAUAUUUAUUUGUUGAUACGUAAGACUGGAGCAGGUUGUGUUCUGACGGAGAGGUUUCCAUUAGAACUGAAAAAUUAGAGAAAUAUUUGGAAACCGACGAAAAAUACUGAAAAUUAAAGUUGUGUGAGUCUUAAUAGUGUAAUGUAAAGCCCAAGUUAUCAAAAUGAAAAUAGACAUACGAUUAUAAUGAGCAAUUAAUAAUAUUUUGUGCACAUCAAUAAUUGAUCAAUAUUUUUUUAAUGACUACUAUUUUUUUAAUGUGUUUGCUGUUAUGUAUAUUAUUCUUUUAAUCAAAACUGAUAAUAAAAAUAUUUUUUAUAAAA